AUGUUGGUUGGUGCCAAAGACUGGAAAAGGCAAGAAAAAAGGCUCGAACCGUUAACAAGGAAGGAUAAUGACAUCCUUCAGGGCUUUUCCUAUGGCACCAACCUACCAGAAUUGCCAAUUACUUCACAAUUCAGGAAAUAUGGACCCAAAAUGGAUACUAAAAAAAUUGUAGUGAUUACCCAAAUUCACAAGGUUCACCCUAAUUUAUGGAAACCAAGGAGUGGCUUAGAGCUGAUGAACAAUGACCUUCCCAGCACCAACCCUGAAGAGGCUAUGUCCUGCUUUGAUUUGUCCAAGAAUGAUUCAUCUCUCAUAUCAGCAACAGGAGGGAUGAUCUCCAUUUUUUACAUGACAACAUUUAAGACAAUGAAAAAAGUCAUGCCACCGCCACCUGUGGCAACAUGUCUUGCUUUUCACCCCCGAGAUGACAGUAUAGUUGGUAUUGGCAUGGACAAUUCCACCAUUGUAAUAUACAAUCUCCACUCAGACGAGGUUACAAGGAAUCUUGAGGGUCACGCCAAAAGAGUCACUAGCCUUUCCUUGAGGCCAUUGACAAGUUUCAGCUUCUGUUUUCAACCUAAAGUAUUAAGCUUGAUACUAAUUGAACAUGGUAUCAGAGCUCCUGGUUUGAUUCCGGAGAGGGGCGUGAGCUGUGAGAGAGAGGUCUUUCCUGAAAUUCCUAAAAGGGAUAAAGGUUGCUCUUUUAUUGUGUGGUUCACUGAGACUCACAUAAAAAUGGUGGGAUCAGGUUCUUCAGGUGGAGAUUUACGAACUCCACAGUUUGAUGGUGCAAACUAUGAUUUACGAACUCCACAGUUUCAUGUUAUUGAAACCCUUUUCAUUGAUCAUGUUUGUGAAUGGCAGGACUGUUUGUCUUUGUCUCUAUCGACUGGGAACAGUUUGCAAGUAACAUAUGUUCUGAUGCGCUCUCUCCGGGAGCAGUAUCUCUCAAUGCUGCAAAGAGCCCAGGUAAAAUCAACUGUUACUGAUCCUGGCCAAAGUCACAUGUCCACAGUUGCCAUACCCAAUGGUUUGCCCACUACUGUUGCCCUGACACUAAAUGAGAGCUCAUCUCCAAUGAGCACGGAUUUUCAUCCCAUUUGGCAGACAAUUCUUCUAUUUGGAACUUGUGUUGGACAUAUAGGACCACCAUGGGAUGUUAGUUCCGGGGAAAAGUUGCUUUUGAGAAAUUUUAGAGUCUGGAAUCUUGACACAGGCCCGAUGGCCUUAAAGUUCAUAUUCAGUGCCGUCGUCUUCUUCAUUGAACAGGGGUUGCAUAUGCAAAGCACAUUGUGGAAUUAUAUUCUUAUAAUGGAGGCAACGACAUUUUUGUAA